ACCGCAGUCCCUCCUGGGUGAACCCCAGACUCUGGCCGAGUUCUUGAGAAGUGGGCAAGUCAUUAGCGCCUCUUCCUUCUCGGCCCGCAGUACCCAUUUUGCAAAGCCUCGUGGUAACAGUGCCAGAGACACUGCGAGUGAGCGCAAAGGAAGUGGACACUCCUCUCUGCCUUCCUGCUCACUCUUGCCCUCAUUUCUCGAGGUGUCUAAUCUCUCAUUAUCUUCUGGCACUCCCACAAGAAUGCCGCGUCGAACUUCUCAACUGCCCCGGACACCCGCAGGGGGUGAGCCUAGACGGCUCCCACCUGCGGGCCCAGCCCCCUCGCUGGGCUGGAAGGUGACAACCGCGAAAGGAGGGCGAGUAGCUCCUCGGCGGAGCUUCGGGUGACAUCACAUCCUCCCAACGGGAAAUCAGGCUCGCGGCCGUCCGAAGGACUCAACUUCCCCGCUCGGCGUCGCGCCGCCUCCUGCGCGCCUCCAGCGGGCGUCUGAGCGGGCGCCGAGCCGCGCUGCGGGAGCGCGCCAUGACCUCGCGGGCGACACGGGUGGCCCUGCCGCUGGCCCUGAUGCUCCACGCCGCAGCGGUGCUGGUCCUCGGGGGGAACGAGUUCCGGCUGACGCCGCGCCAGGUGACCGCGACCGUGGGCAAGCAGGUGGACCUGCGCUGCGAGGUGAUGGUGAGCAAGUCGUCGGGCUGCACGUGGCUCUACCAGCGGCGGGAAGCUGCCGCCAGCCCUGUCUUCCUAAUGUACUUGUCCAGUACCCGGAGCAAGAUAGCCGACGGGCUGGACUCCAGGCGCAUCUCGGGCCAAAGGGUCCAGAGCGACAUCUACACCCUCACGCUGCACAGCUUCAGAGAAGAGGAGGAAGGCUACUACUUCUGCUCGGUCGUGGCCAACUCGAUCGUGUACUUCAGCCCCUUCGUGCCCGUCUUCCUGCCAGCGAAGCCCACGACGCCGGUACCACGGCCACCCACGCCAACGCCCCCCAAAGUGUCGCAGCCGGUGUCCCGGCGCCCAGAGACUUGCCGGCCACCGGCCAGCAGCACAGUGGAAACGAAAGGGAAACACUUCGCCUGUGUUAUCUACAUAUGGGCUCCACUGGCUGGCCUCUGCGCGGUCCUUCUUCUGUCCCUGGUCAUCACCGCCACCUGCAGCUACAGAAACCGAAGACGCGUUUGCAAAUGUCCCAGGCCCCUGGUCAGACCAACAGGCAAGCCCAGCCCUUCAGAGAGAUACGUCUAAUAUGGCGACGGGCCCUGCACAACAGCCACUACAAGACUUCAAACUGAGAACUCUCCUCACAAGGAGGGCAACAGUCCUUCCCUUCUGGUUUUUUUCAGCCUUCCUUCUUUAUGUAUUCAUUUUCAUUAUUAUUACUUUUUGUUGGGUGGGGGGUGGAGGGGUUACUCUUUCUUUGUCUUUAAUUGACACAGAACAAAACCAUAUGUCUACAGUACACCAUCGGGCACAUGUAUCAGGGGAAGGGACAGGCUGUGUUCUCAGAGCUAGGCCGUUAGAGCUGGUGGGGGCCUCACAACCACCUGGUCCACACCUCGUCCCUGGCCAUCUCACAGAGGAGGAGGCUGAAGUCCAGGGGAGCUCGAUCAGAGUCACAGCAGGGCUGGGGGGGCCCCUCCUCCACACCACUCAGAUCUCUCUUCUGGAGGCGUCUGUCCCCGCGUGGGGUUCUGUGCCUCAAACCACAAAGGAACCAGUCAUUUCUUGAGCGCCUGCGAUGGACCCAUUACUGCACCCAGAACCGUGAGAAGGUAAUGAAAUAAAAGAACCUCUGCCUUUCACAGAGUUCCGUAAUGUAGUCGAACAGUAGCAGAAUUUUUUAUAAGAAAGCCUGAAAUUGUAUAGACAGACAGUAGGAAUUCCUCAAAUUAAAGUGAACUGAAGUCUGGAAAAUGAAUACCUCAAUCUUUAAAGAAAACCUCUCUGACAUCCCUAAGUGGAGGUGAAAUUGUUCUCCCAGUCCUUCAUUGCAGAGGGACCCACGAAAGAGGAGAGACCAUCCUUUUACAAAUAUGAUUGGAGCGUUGAUAAAGUUGAAUGGAGAUCUUUUUGGAUCUCAAAACUUCAGAUGCCAUAUUUGAACAUGCUCCUGGGACCACUGAUGACUUUUUAGUUUGUAAAGGCAGAAUUGUCAGAGAGCUGCCAGCACCGCUCUGGCCUCCUCUCAGUCAGGUGGGGAUGUGGCAGAUCAGACUCUGCCCUGGUGAGGAGGGGCGGAGUCUGUUUGCCUGAAGGGUUGCUCCCCACACGCACCCCCUCCCCUAUGGUGGUGUACUAGAAAUGUGUUCUCACUGGAAGAAAAACAUUUAACUAGAUAAGGAAAUAAGAAUCAUCUGUAAUUCUUUGCCCCCAGUAUAACCCACUGUUAAUAUUAUGGUAUACAUCUUCAGAUUAUUUUCUAUGCAUAUAUGUAAAAUAUAUUCUUUGUUUUUUCAAUGGAAUUGCAUUAUGCUUUUUAUAAGUGGCUUUAAUAAACAAACAUUUGCAGCAUACUUUUU